CAAAAACAAGAAGAAAAAAGUGCUAGAGACUAGAGAGUAUAGUUCAGCCAUGCAACUUGACGAUAAUAUCUUAGCUUCUACUGAUCAAGAGAAACACAACCAUACAUAUAACUAUCGAUUAACUGCCUUGACAGUUUUAUAUCCCUCUCUAUAAUUCUGCUGCCUAUAUAACCUAAAGAACCCAACCAACAAUUACGUCUAUACACAAUUACACCCCUUUUAUACGGUACUUAUCACCCAUCAUGAAACCCAUUCUCGCUCUACUUUACCCUUCCAGCUUGUUUCUACUCUCGGUCACCCUACUGGUGGCCGGAGAGUCCACAACCAUCUACACUCCGACUGAUGAUAUCACACUUAACUGUGGCUCUUCCGGUCGCAUGGUCAGUAACUUUGAUUUUCGAACUUGGAGUGGAGAUAUCAACUCAGAGCUUUCCCCCAUAGAAGUUGGCGGUAGCACAUCCCGAGGUUUGAAAGCACCACCGUCGUCCUCCACGGGCAGCCAAGUACCGUACACCACAGCACGACUUUCUCACUCGGAAUUCAAGUACCGAUUUCCCGUCAGACCGGGCCAAAAGUUCAUCCGCUUGUACUUCUACCCAGGUUCAUACAGUGCCAACUUCGACCGCUCCAAGUCUCUCUUCUCUGUCAAAACGGGUGGCUACACCCUUCUCAAGGACUUCAAUGUUUCUAUCAGUGCAGAUGCUGAUUAUCUUGAGACAAUGCUCAAAGAAUUCUGUAUUUACAUUGAGCCAGAACAACAGAUGCUGAACAUCACAUUCACUCCCAGCAAAGAUGGAUACGCUUUUAUCAACGGGAUUGAAAUUAUGUCCAUGCCUGCCUAUCUUUACCACACUGCAGCCCAAGACGAUGGGCCAAGUAUUAUCGGCAACGAAAACCGGAACGUCCCAGUGAAAAACCACACGGCUAUGGAGAUGAUCUAUCGAAUCAACGUCGGCGGAAGUCCAGUCUCACCGAAUGAAGACACGGGCAUGUACCGCACCUGGGAUUCAACGGACGAGAUCUACUUAAAUAAUCCAAGUAGAACUUUGAGCAUGUUAUCACAAAGCAAUAAUACUCAUCUCAAAUUUGCAAAAAUACCGAACUACACUGCGCCGGUAGACGUUUACCGAACCGGCCGGUCAAUGGAGGUGAACAGAACCAUCAGCAAGAGCUACAAUCUCACCUGGGGGUUUCCUGUAGAUCCACAAUUUUAUUACCUGGUGAGGCUCCAUUUUUGUGAGAUUAUUUUUAGAUUGGAGAGAGAUCGUGUGUUUCAGAUUUUUAUAGCCGACCUACCAGCGGAACAGAGAGCGGACAUAAUCCAAUGGAGUGGAGGAAAUGGGAUUCCCGUAUAUAGAGACUACCUUGUGUUCGUGCCCAGUCUUCCAAACAAGAAGAAAGUUGACAUCUCUGUUGCACUACAAGCAAAUCAAGACGAUUCGAAAACUCGAUAUAAUAAUGCAAUCUUGAAUGGGCUCGAAAUCUUCAAACUGAAUGACACAAGCGGAAAUCUCGCCGGACCCAAUCCCGACCAACCGCCGGCGGCCGACAAGAUGAAGCCGGAAAGCCAAAGAAAACCGAAGAAGAAGUCGAUUCCUAUGCUUGCUAUCAUUGCCGGCGUAGUUUCCGUCUUACUUGUUCCUUCCCUAUUCGGGUUUUUAGUUUUCAGGCGUACAAGAAAACUCAAGGACUCCGGCUCCAGCCACAGGAUGACGAAAUCAAUCACCAACAUUGGGUCACAUAUCCCGUCUUAUUUGUGUCGGUACUUUUCACUGGCAGAGAUCAUAGCCGCCACCAAAAACUUCGAUGACACUUUAAUCGUUGGGAUUGGUGGGUUUGGCCACGUGUAUAAAGGACACUUUGAUGAUGGGGCCACCCUUGUUGCAAUCAAACGGCUUAAAGCCACUUCUUCGCAGGGUGCCCACGAGUUCAUGACGGAAAUCAAGAUGCUCUCUCAACUGCGCCAUCGUCAUUUGGUGUCUCUGAUUGGAUAUUGUGCUGAUCAAGGUGAGAUGGUUUUAGUGUACGAUUACAUGUCACGAGGGACCCUCAGUGAUCAUUUGCACCACAUUGAGAAACCGCAUCUUCCUUGGGAACGACGACUUCAGAUUUGUAUCGGUGCAGCUCAAGGUUUGCACUACCUUCAUACAGGUUCCAAAGGCACCAUCAUUCACCGCGACGUAAAGAGCACAAACAUAUUAUUAGACGAGAAAUGGGUAGCCAAGGUUUCAGAUUUUGGGUUGUCAAAAAUGGGCAAUAUCACAAUGUCUAAAACCCACAUUAGCACGAAGGUGAAGGGUAGUUUCGGAUAUGUUGACCCUGAUUAUUACCGGCGUCAACAAUUGACUGAGAAGUCUGACGUGUACUCAUUUGGCGUAGUGUUAUGCGAAGUAUUGUGUGGGAGGCCAGCUGUGACCAUUGUGGACAAUAAUCGAGUUGGCUUGGCUGGAUGGGCCAAAAAGUGUCAUCGCAAUGGGAAAUUUGAUCAGAUUGUUGACCCAAAUUUGAAGGGUGAAAUUGCAGUGCGAUGCUUGCAUAAAUUUGCUUCCAUUGCAAUGAGUUGCUUGGAUGAUAAUGGGAUCAAUCGGCCCUCAAUGGAUGAUGUUGUGAGAGGGCUUCAGUUUGCAUUGCAGAUGCAGGAAAACAACGAGGAUUAUAUUGAUCACAUUGAAAGGACGGUUCAACAUGAGAUUUCAUUGAUCAAGGACAAUGAAGGGUCUUGUUCUAGUGUGCAAAGCAGUGCGGCGAACGAAUCCAUCCAAGAGUUGACUGGGACCAUUUUCUCUGAGAUCAUUGAUCCGGUUGGAAGAUAA